AUGGCAUUGCCGGGAAUCGGAAGGAGAAAGGCGGAGAGCAUUGUGGCCUACCGAGACGAAAAUGGGAGGUUCGAGUCACUCGAAGAUUUGCAGGCUGUACCCGGCCUCGGUCGCCGUGGCCUUGAAAAGCUUGUUGACAUGAUCACUCUGGACGAGUCAGGUGAUCAACCCGGCUGUCUGGCCUCCUACUACGCAGGAAGUCUGGCAUGCGGCUGCUGCUGCUCCUGCUUCACGUGCAUGCGAGGCUGUUGGCCUUCCAUGGACCUGGGCAGCCAUGACGAGGCUCUUUUCUUCCCCGACGACAGCACUGGAUCACGUUUGGACCGGCUACUAGAUGUGCUUGCGUCGGCUCGUCGCAGCUUGGACGUUGCGGUCUUCAGCAUAAGCCACAAGCGUCUGGCGGACGCACUCGUGCAAGCACACAGGCGUGGUGUCCGAGUACGAAUUCUAUCAGAUGACAUGCAGGCCAGGCAGCAAAACUCAGCGGUCCCGGAAUUGAGAAGAGCUGGCCUCCAGCUGCGCCUUGAUGCCAGUGAGAAAUUCCACAUGCAUCACAAGUUUGUGGUUGUUGACGGUGCUACUCUCAUCUCCGGGUCCCUCAACUGGACGCAUGCCGCAGUUGAGCGUGGCAAUGAGAAUGCGACGAUAUGCAGGCGCGCAGCAUUGUGUAACCGCUUCGCGCUGGAGUUUGAACGAGUGUGGGCUGCAUUCCAGACUGGCACCGUCGCACAAGCUCCGCCGGCUGAAUUCGACGGCAAUGUUGCAGCGCUCUUCUUUCCGGAGCCUCAGAUGAAGAAUGUGGGUAUGAUCCUGACCGAGCUGCAGGGUGCUCGCUCAAGCAUUGAACUGGCUAUCUUCACGCUGACCUUGGACAUGUUGGUUGACGCGGUGAUUCAGAAGCACAAUGCAGGUCUUCGUGUCCGGAUCAUUACAGACAAUCGGCAGGCAGCAGUCCCUGGUGCUGAUGCCCAGAGACUCUGCGAGCGAGGAGUGGAAGUCCGUACAGACAAGUCAUGGUAUGCCAUGCAUCACAAGUUCGCCGUGAUUGACAAGCAAACUGUGAUCAAUGGCUCCUUCAAUUGGACGGCGCAGGCAACCAAAGGAAACCAAGAGGAUGCCAUAAUCUUCCGUGGUGAGAAGAGGUUGGUGCGGACUCCCAGACAGUUCCAGUUCGAAAUUCCUCCGGAAAUGCUGCAAGGGAUGAUGGGAGGAGGUGGAAUGAUGGGAGGCGGUGGUGGCAGAAAAGGCGCUGAGUGGCCAAAGACGGAGAAUUCGGAAAUAUCAGCUGAGUUUGAGUGGCUGGUGAACACCGAAUGGGAGGGCAAGACCUCCAAGUACCUUCUCCUGAAAGACGGCUUCGUCGAGUCACCAUUGAAGGAGUGCGAGCCAGAAGGCCAUUGUUUGUGGGCCGCCAACAAUGGCAAAGUUCUUAUCAACACGCCCAAACUUAAGGUUGUGAAAUUCUCCGUGGAGGGUCUCGAGGGCAUAGACAGGAAGAAGCUCGAGAACAAGGACGAAGCUGAACUGAAGAAGGUUUCUUUGGUCAUGGAGAAGCCUAGCAAGAGCACCGGCAAGAAAGGCAAGCUCGAUUUCAAGCGUCUAGCCAUGGCGGACGAACAAGACAGCAUGGGAGCAGACCUGUACAAGCUCUUAGACAUUACGGAGGAUGCAGACCAAGCCGCGGUCAAGAGCAAGUUCCGACGACUGUCGAUAUCAAUGCAUCCUGACAAAGGCGGUGAUCCAAAAGCUUUCAACGAGAUGAGAGAGGCUUAUGAGGUUCUUGGAGAUCCAGAGAAGCGAAGGCAGUACAACCUCGGCGGUAUGCAGCUCGUCAAGAACGUUGAGAUAGCUUGGAAGGAGGUGGAGGGGCAGAAAGCACAGAUGGAUGCGCAGCUCAAUCAGGUUCCAAAGAAUCACCCGCAGUAUGCCAUGUUCAAGCAGCAGAUCGAGCAGCAGAAGCGACAAUUUGACAAGGCGAAAGUCGAGUCACAGAUCCAACAGAAGCUGCAAAGCGACGAGCUCGAGGUAAUGGUGCCCAUUUCAGCUUCUGAGCUCUACAAUGGCGUAGAGAAAAAGGUCUUCGUCUUCCCUAGGCUCAUGAUAUGUCGUGGUUGCAAAGAAGACCCCGGCAGGCCUGAGUGCCAGGACUGCGGUCGCUGUCCGCCGGAGAAGGUCCAGGUGCCCAAAUAUGGCAUGACGCCCUUCGGACGUCAGGUGGUUGGAAUGAGAGAGAAGGAGCAGGAAAGUCGAGAGAGGUGUCGAGAAGUUGGCGUCGAGGUGCCGCUGAGAGUGAGCAAGGGGGCCAAGCAGGGCGCUUCUUUGAAGGUCCUGUCGAAUGUUGGCCACCAAACGCCAGGAAAGUUUCCCGGCAAGGUGAACUUCAAGGUGCAGCGAGGCAGCAAGGAGGAUAAUUUCAGAAUUGCAGAGUCAGACUUGCACACGGUGCUCCAUGUCUCAUUGGAGCAAGCCUUGUUCGGAUUUACGAUUUCUUGGCAACAUCUUGGAGAAGAGACGGUAACCAUCACCAAGGAGCGUCUGCAGCAGCCAGACGAGGUGCUCCGACUCAAGGGCAAGGGCCUUGUCGAGUCGGGAAGCAAGCGAGGUGACCUGUACGUGCGACUCGCAGUCGAUCUCCCGCAAGCGCCGCAGGGGGAGAAGGCCCUCACCCUUCGAGCUCCUGGUUCAGGAGUGCAGGCUGCAAAGCUGGAAAUGGAGGAUGAAGUUCGAAUAGAAGAAGGAAGUGCUUGGCGAGAGUGGAUCGGCCGAGAAAAGGCGAGCACCUACAAG